UUAUAUAUGUUCCGUAUUACGCUCGCCUAUUUCGAGUAACGUCAUUUUGUCGGUCUGCUCACUUCCUCUUCUUCUUCACGCGCACUUUACGAAAACUGUUGGUACGUGUGCGUUCGGUGUAAUCGUGUGGGACGGUCGUUUUAUUUAUAUUUCACCUUUUUAUUCGUUGCCAAAAAAUGGAAUGUGGGUCAAAGCGUCGAGUGAGAAGAUGCUUCGGCGAGCAGACGAUAAAUUUCCCCAAAGAUGACAGAAGAAGAAGCCAAAACAUGAUCACGUUUUGGCGAACGCUCCUUCUCAUUAUAAUUGCUUAUGUGUCUUGUGUUGUUGUCCAUCUUGUUAAGCUGAUUCUUUUCAGGGAUCGGCGUGAUGAAUCUCUGUGGCCGGCCAACAGACGGAAGCCAGUUAAAACUUUGAUUGUUAUGGGAUCGGGCGGACAUACCGGUGAAAUGGUGCGUCUCCUUUCUGCGCUCGAUUUUCGACACUUUGCUCCAAGACUUUAUCUUGUUGCGAGAACAGAUGACAUGAGUGCCAAGCGUGUACAACAGCUGGAAUCUAGUCAUGUCAGCACAGCUGACUCGUUUCAGACAGUUGCCAUUUCCAGGAGUAGGGAAGUCCAUCAGUCGUGGAUCAGCACCGUCCUUUCCUUUCUGAUAUCAAUUUUGGAUUCUCUAAGAAUAUUGUUUUCUUACCAACCAGAUUUGAUUUUGUGCAAUGGUCCCGGCACUUGCGUUCCACCUUGCGUUAUUGCUCUUCUCCUAAGGGCUUUAUUUAUCAAACGCUCUACAAUCGUCUUCGUCGAAAGCAUCUGCAGGGUAACCACAUUGUCCUUAACGGGAAAAUUGAUGUUGUAUAUUCUGGCCGAUCGUUCCAUCGUCCAGUGGCCCGAAUUACAUGCGAAAUACCCACAAACUGUUUUUCUCGGACGGCUCGUUUAACAUCCAACUUGAGCUUCUGUUUAGGUGAUACUGCAGCUUCCAGCAACAUCUUGUCGUCUGCUUCGUGGAUCGUGACGUUCAAGGCCAAUGAUAACACACCAU